AACAUGGCGGCGCCCAUGAAUUGGUGUUCUCGUGUAGGACUUUGGAAACAAAUUUGUGUGGAUCGUUCAUUUGCUUCACGUAUGCUUCCUACUUUUAACAAACAAACACGAACAUUUCCUUUCAGGUAUUUGUCAAAUAGCGCAAAGCAAAAUCCGUUGAAGACAAAAUGGAGGCGAGUGGUGUGGGCUACGGGAGCGGCCGUGACCGGAACGGUAGUGGCGGCCUUCCUUUCAUUUGACAGGUGGAGAGUGUACGCGGACAACGUCACGAGACCAUCAGUCAAAGUUACUAGGCGAAUUCAGAUUGACACCGACUCCUCUGGUCUUAAACUGACACUGUUCCAGUAUCAGACCUGUCCGUUCUGCUGUAAAACACGCGCCUUUCUCGACUACUACGGUUUCUCCUACGAUGUUGUUGAGGUGAACUCCGUCUUCAGGACAGAGCUGAAAUGGACCAAGUACCGAAAGGUUCCCGUCCUGGUGUGCGAUGGAGUCGGAGAGGAUGGAUUCUUGCAAAUCAAUGAUUCCUCGGUCAUUAUUAGUUUUCUGGAGUCACAUCUCAUUGAUCCACAUUUACCUCUCGAUGUGCUCUUGUCGUACUAUCCGUGUCUAGAAACAAAAGAAGGACGAAAAACGGUGUACGAGUUCCUCAACAAGUACUUUGUCAUGUUUCCAGAAAAAGAGGCGACCAAAACAACCUCAGCAGAAAGAAGCAAGGAGAGAAAAUGGCGCCAGUGGACGGACGAUGUGUUGGUUCAUGUGCUGUCCCCGAACAUCUACCGGUCACCGUCAGAGGCUUUACAGUCGUUUAAUUACUUCUCCGAGGUCGGCGACUGGGACAACGUCUUCUCCACCGCGGAGCGCAUGACGGUCAUCUACGUCGGGUCAGCGGCCAUGUUGAUCAUCGGCUGGAUGCUCAAAAAAAAAUACCAUUUGAAAGAUGAUGUCCGUCAGUCGCUGUACGACGCUGGCAAUGAAUGGACUGCAGCAGUCGGACAGGACAAGUUUCUAGGUGGAGACAAGCCCAAUCUUGCUGAUCUGUCUGUGUAUGGAACUCUACAUGCUAUUGAAGGGUGUGAGGCGUUCGAGGACUUGCUGAAUAACACACAGAUUGGAAGAUGGUAUUUUCGAACCAAGGAGGCAGUCACAUCGCACGCUGGAGCCAAUAUGAAAAUAACAGAUUGACAAAAGCACAAAAUUAUUCCACCGGUUUUUGGCAGUUCAUGGACUAUGCUUACUUUAGAGGGUUGUUAACCUAAUCACAAAACUAUUUGCAAAGCCUUGUUUGUUUGUCUAAAAGAUACGAUUGGUGAAUACUUGUUUAGUUUUUUUAUCAAGAUGAGCAAGUGACUGGGCUUUGUUCACUUCAUCAUUAUAUUAAACAAUUUACAUAAUGCA